UCGUUCUUCUCCCUGGGCAGGUUCCCUUUUUUUUUUAAUCGCUACAUUAUUACCUUUCAUUUUUUAUUUACUUGGCGGGUUCCAAGGCUAUUCACGAUUUUCAGGAGAUUUUACGCAGCAUGUCCGGAUCGAUGCUCACCCCUACUGAGGCUCUCCUUCAAGUUGCCAAGGAGCACCCUUUCCGUUCCGCUGUGAGAAGCGCAGGCAUUCAAUGGUCUUACGCUGCUUUGUGGUCGCGCGUUAGGCGGAUCGCUGACCAGAUACCUGACCUUGAUGGUACCAGGAACCCUGUCGGCCUCUACAUGGGCCUUGAAAUUGACUACGUCGCUGCUGCACAUGCCAUCUGGCUAGCUGGUCGCACCGUAGUCUUCCUUUCCACUAAGUGGACCCCAGAUGUCCUCGAAGUGGUCCUUGAGCGUGCACAAGUACACCUCGUCCUGCAUGGCGUCACUGCGCCUCCUGAGGUGUCGGGUGUAACUACCGUCUCGACCCUCUCCCUCUUGGAACUCCAGCACCUUCCAAGUGUCAUCCCGGCUCCUCCUACCUCCGAGACGGUGACUGAGAUCCCCGUUAUCUGCUGUAUAACUCCCACAAGCGGUAGUACGGGCGUCCCCAAGAGUAUUGUAUACCCCAUGAGAAGAAGUUUGGCUGUUCUAUCAGAGGAAUCCUCCACCCUUCUCAAGCCCAUGGACGGCCAAUGGCUCCGAGGCGGAACGACGUUCUUGCGUCCACUCUUCGAAAUCAGGCGUUUUAUGUUCAAUCAAACCACUCUUUAUCUUGAUCCCUCCGCCUCUGUUGCUGACCAGUGCAAGGCUCUCUGCGAGGAGCUCGAGUCCACUCGCAAUUCGCAGCUGCUCCGUGUUCACUUCACCCCCAGUGUCUUCCGUGCUUUUGCCGACUUCGCACAUAUACGGGCCGGUGACUCUCCACUUCCCCGAGGCUUCAAGAGAGUGUAUUGGAUGGUUAUUGGUGGCGAAUCUUUGAGUGUUCACGAUAUUGAGGUGGCACGGUCUAUCUUCCCAUGCGCUACCAUUGCAUGCAACUACGCGUGCUCUGAGGUUGGUUUCGCUGGAAUUUCCCAAAUGUUUAUUCGUCCAAGCGAUCAGAUCCCGUCCGUUAUCUCCUUCGGCGCUACGCAGGGUUGCUCCGACCUCGUUCUCCUUGACGACUCGCUUUCCGUCAUCUCCAAGGCCGAGGAAGGUGCUGUCGGCAUCGUUGGUUUCAUCACAAGUCAAAGCGCUACCCAUUAUCUGGGCAAUGCGGAGGCAACAAACCACAUGUUCCGCGCUUGGGACGGCGAAGAGAUGCUCCUGUACACUGACGAUGUAGGAUGCAUGCAGGCCGAUGGCACGAUCGCAAUCAGGGGUCGGAGCUCGCGCAAUGUCAAGGUCAACGGUUUGUUCAUUGACUUGGAUUUCGUCGAACGCGCAUUGGCUCCUGCCUUCGCAAGAGGCGCACACGGAGUCAAUGGCUUCAAGCUUGUCAAAUCGAACACAACGGAGAAGAUCGUGCUGUUUGCAAGCACAGAGACUACAGACGCCAUGUUCAUCCUGAAGCACGCUCGCGAUGCGCUCCGAACUUCGCACUGUGACGACCUCGCCAUGGUCGUCGGUAGGGUCCGUUGUGUCGCAGAAAUGCCCUUCAACGCGUCAUAUAAGGUCGAUCUGGCCAAACUCCAGCAAUUAGCUGAUCAGGCUGAUCAGCUUCCUCCCGGUCUCUAUGCCGAAGCCCCGGCUACAAACUCUGCAAUGGCCGAAAUCGAUGCUCUCGCCGAGGAGAUUGCUGCUGAGAUUGCGAAGCUUUGCAAGUUGAAGGCACCCGUCGCCAUCAGCACCCCUCUCAUUUACUCCGGCCUCAAUUCCAUCACUGUUAUACGCCUUUACUUCUGGCUGCAGUCGGAGCACGAAUACGAAGAAGAGAUGACCCAUCUCUUCGAGGAGGAAGUCACACCUUUGGUUCUCGCGAUGGAAAUACUAGGUGACGGGGCAGAUGAGGAGGAGUAUAUCGAAGAGGACGGUAGCGAUGAGAUCGUGAUCGAGCCGUCGAGUCCUGCUAGCCAAGCUACCAUUGUUGAGGAAGAACCGCCAAAGAUCGUCAUCGACGCUGUCGAUGCUUACCCGCUCAAGUCUGAGAGGUGCGAGCCUGAAUUCGAGGAGGUCGACAUCGGACGAACCAAGCCUCGUCCAGUGAGCACUUUGGUCGUUAUGCAGCCACCCGUUGAACCCGUUCCGGAUGCUGUAAAUGAUGUUGCAAAUCACCCUACGCUGCAUGUCACUGCCUUUUCCUUUCUAUUCAUGACGUGGAUGACACCGCUACUGAGGUUGGGGGCAAAGAGGCCGCUAUUGGAAUCGGUAGUUAUGUUCACAUCUGGUUGAAGUAUACAGGGAUUCAUUGCAAUCUAUUUCUAUUUCCGCUGUAGGACUUGCUGCCUCUGAGACGAAACGACGAAGCUAUUAUUGUGGAACGCUGGGUAGAUCCCUUUUGGACCCAACUGCG